AUGCAAAAAUAUAUUGCUUUAAACCAAAAUAACCCUGAACAACUCUUCAUCCUUGUUGUUGUAACUAAUCUUAUGAAGCAAUGCUAUGAGUUACAAGAAUCAGGAGAAUUGGUAUACAUGGAUACAACAGCUGGGCUUGAUACACUUAAUACCCCUCUGCCGAUUCUUUCUACCAGUACUCCAGUUGGUGGUCUACCACUUGCUGCAAUUCUUAUAUCUGAUAAAACAGCAGCUACUUUUACUAAGGCAUUAGAGAUGGUAAAAAAAAUGGUUCUAUUAAUGGCAUUUAGUAGAUGGAGGCCCAUUAUUGGGUCACAGAUAGUUAUGACAGAUGAUUGUAAGGCAAAAAAAAUAGCUCUGCACAAUACCUAG